GUGUACGAAUUUCUAAUGCACGACGAUAAAAAAAAGAUUGUGAGGUAGCGAGAAAUGGCGUCGCAAGUUGUUUUUUAUUCGCAAUCAAUGUGUUUCUAAUGUAGUUAUGUGAUUUUAAAUACUAUUCGCGUUGUUAAGAUUAAAAUUUCCGCCGCGACGUUGUUUAAUUGACAAACAGUGGUUAUUUUGUUGUGAUUUCGUCUUCCACUGAGACAAUGGCGUCGUCGAAUGAAGCGAGAGUGUCCCACGUAAAAGUUAGUGGAAAUCGCGAUUUUGGCAAUGAUUGCUACGAGUCAAAUGGCGAAGGAGACGCCGGUGAGGGCACGAAGCGUCGUCGUGUCGCUCACGACUAUAGAAAAUUAUCGAAAUUGGGAUACGAUCCAAGUGUGUCAAACGAAUCCAGGCUCACACCAUCAUGCGAAUCAAGAGGCAAGAAGAGGAAACACAGCGAGGGCUCACCCAACCCUUUGUGUUCCUGGACUGCAGAGACCAGUGUCCCGGCUAAACUGUCCAAGAUAUGGCCCGUGUUCGACUCUGGAGGAUUCGGCGACGCGGCCGUGCUCAAACUACACGUGUCGAAGACGCCCUCUAUCGACAACCCCUUACUCUACCAAACGUCCAGCAAAACCUUCAACCUGGUGGAACUGUUCCAAGAUCCAAUCAAGACAGACUGGUUUGGGGGUCUUAACGCCACCUGGAGACAAUCGCAUCUCGCCAACAAGAUGUCGAACGAUGAUGCGACGAGGAGGAUCUUCUCUUCCGUCUCCAGGCAGCUGAAAAUCAUCAACUCGCAUUUCCAGCAGUCAAUGUUCAAAUACAAGUAUCCAAGAGUGACCAGGUCGAAUGUGCUUCUUGAAAGUUCUCCGAUACGACGUCCUGCUACCCACUUUAGCUUGACCCUCAAGGCGAUCAGGUUCCAGUCGACGCCAAGAAGAGAGUUACCAUGUUACGGGAAUUUGGAGUUACCGUUGAAGAUGAUGGAAGGUAGUAGUGGGUCGCAGGUGUACCCAGCUAUCAUGAACGUGAAGGACGCUGUGGAUGUUAAAGUCAAGAUUGAGAACGAGAGAGUCAAAUUGGAGAAGAGUGAAAGGGAGAAGGAGAGGGAAAAAGAGAAGGAUCGAGAUAGGUCCCACUCGUCCCGCCAUUCGUCAUCGUCAUCGUCCUGCCACCACUGCCGGCGGCGGUCGCGCAUCAAGCGCUGCUCCAUCGGCGUGCAGUGCCGCCGCGACCGCGCCGUCGCGGGGGCGUCGGGGGGCGCGGGGCCCGUGGGGGGUGCACCUCCCGGGGCCGACGGAUGGGCCGCGUUGGCAGACAACCCUGCUAUCAAAGGACUCAAGUAUCAUAGACUAAUGCGCGUGGAGACGCACCCGAACGGCGGCGCGAGCGUGGUGUACCUUCAGCAGCGGGACAUCGACAUGCUCACCGAACAGCAACAGCUCUCGCUUGCCAAGGAGUUCCUCAAGCUGGUGUUCUCGGAGGACAGCUCGGGCUGGGCGCACUUCGUGUGCGGCGUGGUGCGCGGCGCGGCGGCGCCCUUCCCGUGCCUGCUGCAGUACCUGGCGCACGCGCACGCCGGCCUCACCGUCAAGGCCGGCGUGCUGGCGCGCGCCUCCGACAUCGAGACCACCACCGUCAGCAGGUAUUACCAGCAGGUACAGCAAACGUACGCAGCGGGCACGUUCCGAAGCGGGCCGCUGCACCAAAUCUCGCUGGUGGGCACUGUACACGAAGAGGUGGGCGGAUACUUCCCCGAUAUGCUGGACAUGCUUGCCACCUGCCCGUUUCUUAAAAUGACAAUGCCGUGGGGACCCAUGGCUGCCGUGGAAAUGGAACCUCAGGAAUCCAACGAUGGUCCGAUAUUGUGGAUCAGGCCUGGGGAGCAGUUGGUGCCUACGGCUGAGCUGGGAAAGAGUCCCAUUAAGAAAAGAAGGACUGGUAUAAACGAGCUGCGCAACCUGCAGUACUUGCCGCGCUGGUCGGAGGCGCGCGAGUUCCUGUUCGAGGACCGCACACGGGCACACGCCGACCACGUGGGACACGGCCUCGACCGCAUCACCACCGCCGCCGUCGGCGUGUUGAAAGCGAUCCACUGCGGAGACGAGAGCGACCGCGGCCGCAUCACCAAGGACGUGGUCGCGUUCCACGCUGCGGACUUCAACAAGCUUGUGCAACUGUUGCAGCUCGACCUGUACGAGCCGCCCAUCUCGCAGUGCGUCACGUGGCUAGAAGAAGCCAAGCUCAACCAGCUGCGCAGAGAAGGCGUGCGGUACUCUCGCCUGCCGCUAUGUUCCGACGACAUCUACUUCUUGCCCAGAAACAUUAUACAUCAGUUUAGAACGGUAUCCGCUGUUACUUCUGUCGCAUGGCACCUCCGUCUGAAGCAAUACUAUCCCUCCUCGGAGGCGUCGUCGCCGGCGGACGAGCGACCCGCUGCCGACCCGCAGCCCGCCAGCGCAAACCAUACACCCACUGAGCCCAAAAAGACGUCAAAACACAAAGCUGGCGUUAUAGAAAUGAGAGCUUUAAGUGCUAAAUUCCAUCAGAAAUCACCCCUCAAAAUAUCCCAUGGUAGAAAGAGCAUGGAGACCCAGACGAAGGACAAAAAACUCGAAAAAACUGAUAAAAUAGAAAAGGUUGAGAUAAAAACGGAAAAACCGGAAACCAAAACUGAAAGAGUUGAUUCAAAAUUGAUUGACGCGAAGACUGAUAAGCCAGAACAAAAGUCUGACAAACCAGAAAUUAAAACUGAAAAGGUAGAAGGAAAAUCUGACAAAUUAGAAUCAAAGGUCGAAAAAAUUGAGCCGAAGUCAGAAAAAUCCGAAUCAAGACCGACGAAACUAGACCACAAGGUUGAGAGGCCUGAGAAUAGGACAGAAAAAGUAGAAAAUAGGUGCGAAAAAAUAGAAAUGAAAGUGGAAAAGGCAGAAAUUAAAUCUGAGAAAGCAGAAGCGAAGGUUGAUAAGAUAGAAUCCAAAAACGAAAAAUCUGUGGACAAAGACCAGAAAGUCGAUAAAGUUGAACAUAGAGUAGAUAAAACCGACAACAAAUCUGAUAGAGCAGAAGCUAAAUCUGAUAAACCAGAAUCCAAACCCGAGAAAACGGAAUCAAAGUCCGAAAAACCAGAUCCAAAAUGUGACAAGCCCGAAUCAAAGACUGACAAAAUAGAAACGAAAGUUGAUAAAUCAGAAACAAAGCCCGACAAAACAGAUAUAAAGUCAGACAAGAUAGAUACCAAAACUGAUAAACAAGAAUCCAAAUGUGACAAGCAAGACAAGUCUGACAAACUGGAAUCGAAAACUGACAAACCAGAAUCAAAGGUAGACAAAGAACACAGAUCUGACAAGAACCACAGGCACAGGGAUUCAGACAAAUCCCGAGCCGAGAGGUCAGACAAGGACCACAGGAGGAGACAUUCAUCGUCCCGUCACAAAUCGUCCCACAAAUCCCACAGGAGGGACAGGACGGAGGACAGGAAGCACGAGAGAACUGAACACAGGCACAAAGAAGGUAAAGAGACCAAAAUUGUCGACACCAAGGUAUCCGAGUCCGUCAAGGUCUCCCAAGGUGUGGUGCAUCGGCCACCAGAUUAGCUAUCGUACAAGUGGUUCUUCAGGACUUAAAUCAAGACUGAAGUGUGUGUGUUGGAGGUAUUUGAGUGUUUGAAAAAGAAUGAAAGAGAGCUGGUAUUAUUAUUUUCGUUUCAAUUUAUGUAGGUUUUUUUUGUAUAUCUUGUGAUUCGGUAAAAUUUUUAUAUAGAGUGUGCCCCAAAAUUUUUUACGGAAUUUUAUCUUAUAAAUAAUGGCAUCUAAUUGGAAUUUUAAUCUAAAAGUUUUGUACUUACACAUAACUGCCAUAAGUGGAACCAUCCAAACGAUAAGUUUUGGAAGUAUGAUCUCUUAUAUGUUUAGGAUUGUAAAAUUCCUGAAGGAUAUAUAAUAAAUUAAUGUCGUAAAUAGCAAUAAAGUAAAAGCCUUAGAAUACACUAAGUGAGUGAAAGUCCACUCGAAUACCUUCAACAGUUGAGGAUCGCUUCACCCUUGAUAAAGUAUGUUAGUGUAAAGUAUAUAUUUGUACAUAUAAAAUAAGACGUCUCUUAGAGGCUAAGGAUCGGUACACUGUACAGUGCGGGAUGUAUACGCAGUUUUAGAUUAUAUUUGCUCAUUAUCCAGUGAAUUUCUAAAGAAAAUAUCAAAAUUAUAUAAUUAUCGACCAGUGUGAUUUUUUUUACUCAUUUAGAUUUCAUCUCGGUAUUUUUUUUACGUCGAUCGAACAUCGGCCCUAGUGGAGUCUAAAAUGGUUCUUAUAAAGAAAACAGCAAAUUAAUUUGAAAUAUUUUAUUCACAAUUAUUAAUCCCAUUAAAAACUAUAACUAAAAUCGAUGAUUUAUUAUAAAAUUUUGUUGGAAUCUCGAUGUUGCCAGUUUCGCGAACGAUGCAUAAUAGUAGUUAUUUAAAAUUCGAAAUUUGGCAACAUCAAAGAGUCUGUCAUAUAUUUUUGUAACGUGCAUAUUCGUCGGAAAUUAAUAAAGAAAUCUAAAACUGCGUCGCGUAUGUGAUUUUUGAAAGUUUUUAACGAAGACGAAAAUAUAUGAAGAAAAUAAUUAUAUGAUAAAGUUUUAAGAGAAAAUAAAAAAUUAUUCACAUGUAUUUCUAAAGGUCGCACUAAGAGUAAGAUAUAUUCUGAUAGUUAAUGUUAAGGUUGGUUCUUUUUUCACUUACAACCCUCCCGCACAGUUUCGUGGCCAAUUUAUUCUUUAUCGAUAUUGCAAUGCCUUUAAAAUAAUAUACUUUAUUCAUCACGUAAGCCAACAUAGCUGCGCUUAGUCAAGGUACAUGAGAAUAUUUAAUUAUUACGCUCUAACUACAGACAUUUUGUUCCGUCGUUUUGUUUGUCGGCAAUUGUCGGCACCCUUGCAACUAAAUUGCAAUUUAUAAGCACUUGUAAAACAAUGAUCCUUUUAUUUGCAAUAUUAGAUUAUUAGAUACAUCGCUAAAUUCAGAUUUCCUCAUGUUUCUUCAAAUUUAUGUUAUCUUCAUUCCGCAUCAGGUUUGUUUUUUGCGAAUUUUCCGAAUUUGCGGUCCCUAUGAAUUGCAGUUUUUAUUCCAAUUAUUUUUUUAUAUAAGAAAAAAUGUUCAGGUAUAGGUACAAUAUGUAAAUUAUAAUUUUAAAAUAUGUUUUUCUUUGAAAUUGCACCUGAAACUACAUUAAUACAAUAUUAAAAUAUUGUUUUUGCCAAAAUUUUUACAAUCAAUUUCAUGAAGCAAUUGGUCACGCAAACUGAGAAAAAUCUGUAAAUAAAUUUUACUAUCCCUUCCCUUAAUUUUUAAAGUAUAUAGGAGUUUGUUUGCAAUGUUCAAAACUUUGUAGUGUCUUACGAACGUACUGAUUCUAAAGCGAAUAAAAAUACCGACACGUAUUGGGGCAUUUAAAAACAUUUUUUUUUAUCCUUAAUAAGUUGUGCGAAUCCAUACAUAAAAUCCAUGAAACAGAAGCAAGUGUAUAUUUUUUUAAUUACUUAUGAAAAUUCUUUUUUUUUUGUCAUGAAUUUCUAUUAUCAAAAUUAGGAAGAUUUUUGGUUAUCUAUAAAGUUUAAUUAUAUCAAGGUUUGGUUGAACAUCGGUUUGAAACAUAUUUAAUUUUUAUUUACUAUCUGCCGUUUUCGAUAAGCGAUCCCAAUGGUUUUCUAUCCAUCGUGAGAAUGUACCAAACAGAACAUAGUAAUUUUCUCCAUGCUUAUAAUUGACUUAUUUUGAUCGGUUUACACUCGGGAUCAUUUUGAUGUUUAAUAUUGUUAUCGCUUAUUAAAAACGAAUAUUAACAUAAUUCUUAAAAAAAACUUUGUAUUACUUCAAUAAUUUAGCUCCAACACUGUAUUAAAUCCGUAAAAUGUUAACAUAGGCAAUAAAUAUAGUACACAUUAUAGGACAACGUUGUGUAGACUAGAGGAUUCUGAAG